AUGAAAUUUCUCACAACCAAUUUUGUAAAAUGUGCAGUAAAGGGAUGUCAAAUAUCAGUGGACUCUUUUCCUUUAAAAUAUGAAGAAUGCCAAUUAGUACAAGAAGAACAAGAAUUUAAACCAGAUUUCAUAGUACACAUGUUAAAUAAACUAGAUUGGGAAGCAAUACUAUCAGUAGCUAAAGAUUUAGGUAAUGAAUCAUUACCAGUUACUAAACCAGAAGGUUUGGAUCCAAUAAUGGAAGAUGAUCAGAUUAUUUUAAAAGAUCUACAUACUUUACUUAUUGAAACUCAAUUAAUUGAAGGAAAAAUGAUUUGUAGAAAUUGUCAACAUAUUUAUUAUAUCAAAAAUUCCAUACCUAAUUUCCUUUUGCCUCCACAUCUUGCAAACUAG